GCAGAUGUGUGUGUUUCCGGUUCGAGCACAUUGUUUUGUUGUGUUUGUGAUCUCCAGCAGCGGGAGUCUCAGGCGGUUCUUGUCCGGGUAUCAGCCGUCUCUUUGCUUUUCCAGCCGAACAGAUGUACCGAGCUCCGCUCAGGCCUCAGCGAAGUCCCGGCGAUCCGCGGUCGGCUGGAAGGUUUCCCUCCCCGGCUUCCUGCUGGGGCUUUCCUGGGGCUCGCUCCCCCUACGGAGGCUCCGGACACCGCGGUGGAUCUCCCCGGGGAGGCGCCGCUUACUCUCCGGGUUCUCCGUUCUACUCUCCGGGUUCUAACCGAGGUUACUGGGACGGUUCUCCGGCCGGGCUCAACAGUGGGUCCCGGGGGUUCGGAGGGCAGAUGCGGCGAAGGGGCGGCGGUUUCCGGCGGCCUCAGUCCUUCAGUCCCGCCUCGGCUCAGAAAUUCCAGUCUGCAUCUUCAGACUCUUCAGUGGAGAAAUAUUUCACUCCGUCGAUGCUGCAGGAUCCCUGGGCGGCGCUGCAGCCGGUCGUAGCUGCAGACAGACAGACGGCGUCCUGACAGUGAAGAAUCAGAACAAUGAAACCACGAGAAACCGGCUCGUCCUCCUGAGCGCGCUCAGUCACCAGCAGUCUGUUCUUCGGCAGCUUCGUCAUUGAAAUGAUUUCAGGGAUCAAACUCUUUGAUUUGGUUCAAAGUUUUUAACAAAGUCUUUUAUAAUAAUUUUUAAACUAAAUCCGAUUCUUGUUCACGUUUUAUUCACAGACUGUAAAGAAAAGUUCAGUUUGCUUUAUUUUAGAAAAUAAAAAAUGGAAA